AUAUACAAGGCAGCGGUCGAAUGCAAUUUCCGCCUCUGCUGAGUCAGCGCAAACUGCCGAGUUUCGCGAUCUGCACGGACGGCCACAGCCCAAAAGUUUUCUGCCGAUUUCCGGCACCUGAACGCCUGGUUCACACGUUACGUUCGCUGCACCCUUCCUUCUCUCGCCUUUGCAUGUGUUAACCGGGUCCCACGGUAUUUCGUCGGGCGUUAUUGGAAUUAUAAUCUGAUGGAUUUGGAGUACCGAGGGAUUCUCGCGCCGAAUGGGUUGGCUACACAUGCCUCUCUCUUAACGCCUCCGGCCACCACCAGCGACCUUCGGAACAAUCUCAGGCUUCCCCGGCCGAUGACUGCUUUUGAUUUCUCCCCCAGACCCUCGGAACCUGGCGCCAUGAACAAGAUCCCCGCCGUCCCAAGCAAACGGCGGGGUGGUUGUAGGAAGGCCUGUAAUGAGUGUAAGCAGCAGAAGGUAAGUCACUGCACUGGCCAUACAUGUCAUAUUGCAUUCCAUCUUGCAUUCCGUUCGGUCCCAUCGCCCAGCUCUGCAUCUUCAUCGUCUAAUGGAUAUUGUUUACUGUGCUUCACACUUCCCAUGUCCUCUACAUAGACAAAGUGGCUGAACAUAGGCUUACCGGACCCUGCAGCUUCGGUGCGAUAUUGUGCAAACGCCCGCCGAUGCAUGCUCACGCUGCCGGCGGCUCCAAAUAGAAUGCAAGGUUGAGCCCACUUUUAAACGGAUCUCCAAACGCCGG